AUGAACGGAAUGUGGAUUUUAUCUGCUGUCUUAAUCAUAGUUGUCUUUAAUACAGCAACCGGCUGUAAACACACACAUUCUGCAGCUCUCUCUGAAAUUAGAUCUGUUGGUAUUGGAAUUUCAUCAUCAGGUGGUUGUAGUAAUCGUAAUAAUCGAAGAUGUACAUCACUUGAACAAGUACGAUGCAAUGCUAUUCGUUGUUUGAAAACAUUGAAAACAUCUUCAGGAUGUGGUAUUAUAGUUACUGGAGGCACAGAAAUUGGUCAUGCUGGUGGAACAUAUUCACAUUGGAAUGGAUACAAAAUUGAUAUUUCAUUAAAUUCAUGUAUUAAUUCAUACAUUACAAAACAAUUCGCUUACAUAGGUAAACGAAGUGAUGGUGCUGCUCAAUACAAAGCAUCAAGUGGCAAUGUUUAUGCUAAAGAAGGCAAUCAUUGGGAUAUUACAUUCACUGCGAACUGUUAA